UUACUGUUUAUAAAAACCAAUCUCAUCUCAGAGUUUUAUAGAAAGAAACAAACUUCAACCGAAGAGUAGCAGAUUAGGGUAACUGUAGCGACGAUCAUACGUUUUCCCUCAAGGGAUCUCAGGCCAUUUUCUGAUCAGUUGCUGAAACAAAACGAAACCUUUGUUGAGAUUUUCUUGUUCCUCUGUUUCUCUGGCUAAAAAAGUUCGUCUCUUUUCUCUCAAGCGGAUCUGGAUUCUGGAUCCUGGGAGCUGAAACCCCACGUUUUUUUGGGUAGAUAAAUGGACCCAGAAAGUUGUUCGAGAUCGAUUAGUGUUUGUGAAAGUUCGUGUGGAUCUAUGCUUGUUACUGAUGUCAAGGGUGAAACCAGUGACUCUGUCUCGAAACAAGGGGAAGAACGAAAUGAGACUGAACUGCAACAAGGAAAAGAAAAUGGUGAGAGUGAUGCCUUAACAGAAGCAAAUGUGAAGGAGCUCCACCACGUGGUUGAUUUGAGUAGUUGUGGAGGAGAAAGUGAUAAUGGGCAAAGUAUAUGCAGAAUAUGUCAUGUUGGGUCUGAUCAAACACCUGAUAGAGUUUCUGGUAAGACAGUAGUAACCCUGGAGUUGAUUCAGAUUGGUUGCAAAUGCAAAAACGAGCUUGGCCUUGCCCAUUUUCACUGCGCAGAAGCUUGGUUCAAGCUAAGAGGAAACAGUGUGUGUGAGAUCUGCGGUUGCACAGCAAAGAAUGUUACAGUUAGCUUCACAGAGGAGGAGUGGAGCGAAGUAAUAGUAGACACGAGAGUGGAUGAGAGAGGAAGAAGACGUGGAAGUAGACAAUCUUGCUGCGUCCUUAUUGUUUUUAUGCUCGUUAUCAUUCUGAUUCAUUGGUUAUUCAAAAAGUUUAGUACAAAAACCAAAUGAAUGAAUUUAGUUUUGUAAGUA